AGGAGGCCACAUUAGCUGUUCAUCUCUAAUUAGUAAUUACUACGCUAGAUACAAAGCGAAUACGCCGUUUUAGUAAGGGGAUUGCACUAUUAUAGCUGGCUGCGCGCUGUGCAAUCCCUGUACAUACACACACAUACAUUCGCGCGCCACGAACCGCCGGCUGCUUUUGGAUUGUAAACAAAAACCACGCUUUUUCUUCGUGCGAACAUCGUCCGUCGACUUAAUUGCAGUUUGAGGAACUGCCUAAACGAUUUAUAUUUGACCCCAACGCAGGCGGAAACGUGAAAUUAGUUCAGCCCGCCCGACAUGCAUAAGAGUUGACUCGCUGGAAUCUCUGCCGGUGCUGACAUUCACUGGAGGACACAGCGCAUGCAUAUGAAAUAACUGUACAUUGACGGGAUUUUCUCGCUUGGAAGCAGGUUAAAUAUGGCUGACCACAAAUUUUCAGUUUUCUUGUUUAAAGAAAAACAUGAAGUGGUGGUUGUGCCAGACACGUAUCUCAUUGAGAAAGAUGGAGAUGUCCUGUGUGCCUGGCCAACUGAGUGCAAGAAUCUUGGAGCCCUUAAAAACAUCAUAAAACGGUUCCCAAAUGGCAAGUCUGAUUGGUCCUGUUACCCAGGAAAACUGAAGGGCCACAGUCUCCCUCUACAAGAAGCUGAAAAAAUCGCUCUUAAAAUUAGAAACCUGGUGAAAGAGAAGGCUGUUGAGUUGAAAAGUGGUAAAGCAGCAUCCGUAAAAGAGCAUGAUGAUGUGGAUGCCAAUAAGAAGAUAAAAAGCCUGACAGACGUAGAAGCAGAAGAAACGGACGUUGAAUUGGCAAGAGGACGGUCGCGUAAAAAGAAGACCCCUUACAGUCCAGGAACUGACAAAAAGCAAGAAAAAAGAAAAAAACUACCUAGUCCACCUAGGAUUGCUCUCAAACUCGGAGAGCAGAAGUCUUCACAAAUGUCACAGACCUCUUUCAAUGCUAUAAAGAAGAUCAACCCACCGUCUUCCCCUCAGCUUGAACUGCAAGCUCCUCUGCUGAAGAACUUUUCAAGCCCAAAUGCAGCAGGAAAAACAAAGGAGACUUCGUCGUAUCAGAAAAGUGCGACACCUGCUAAGAAACGACUCUCAUUCACCUUUGAUGACUACGAAACCUUUCCGAAUGAUGAAAUGUUGACUAAGACGGCAGCAGCAGGAGUGUUUAUUGUGACUCCAACUAAGGUUUCAACAAAGAAAGCACCCUUUGCCCCCUUGGAACCGCAUAUUACUAGCGCUGCAGUCCUAGAAACGCUAGUUCGACUGGAGUGUAAACUUGAUGGGCUCAUUACAGAAGUUGUUAACAUGAAAAGUUUCAUUCACUCGAAACCUGCCUCUGUUAUCGAAGAGCCAACCUUGACCGUAGGAAAUCUCACUGAAUUUGGCUUUCCCCUAAAAAGUCUCAAUGAAAUGAAAGAAAUUGAGGAGAAGUUAGAAAACAACCAGGAGUUUUUUUCCAGUGUGGUAACUGUCCUUAAAAAGAAUUUGACCAAGGCAAAGCUGAAACAUGCCAAUCAAGAAUCCGUUGUCCAGGAGGCCGUUAAAGCCUAUCUCGCCGAGUGGCUUUUUGCUCCGAGUUUGGCAGUACUGCUGAACAAAAGUGGCCAACGCGGGAAGACGGGAAUCAAGAGCUCACCAAUUGCCAGAUUAAUGAUAGACGCAUUAAAUGCAGCAAAGGUGUCCAACAAAUGGAUUAACUUGAAAGAAGUGCUGGAUGCCACUGGAGAAUAUCUCAGACAGGCCCCAAAGAGAUUCAGAGAUUCUCUGCUGAAGAUGGAAGCAUCUGAUUCCAGCAAAGAGAUUCCUCAAAACAUUGUUGUCAAGAAAGGAGAAUCAUCAGCUACACCCUAUCAGCCACUCGCCCAGACAAGCAGUCUUGCCAAGGCUGAUAAAUUUGACUUGGACGAUUACGUGCCACCCCUCAAGAUGUAUAAACGAGCUGCCAAAGAGCAAAGAAAGGGAUAUGCUGGAGAGAGCGAAAGCGAGUCCUCCAGUGAAAAAGACCUCGGUGUGAGUUCAUCGGACUGCGAUUUCAGCCCUCAAUCCGGAGAAGACGAGAACAACGAAGAUGAUGAUGGAGUCGAAGAAGAAGAUGAGUUAUAAAAUGAGAUCAUCCUAGUUACAGACGGAGUGUGUGCCAGGCAUGUGCUUUUAAAUUUUUAUAAGGGCCUAAUAAUUACGUACUGUCUUGAACUUUCAUCAGAGGUUUUAAUGUUUUUUCAAUCGAGUAAUCAAAUUAAUGUGCCUCUGUUUCUUAAAAUUGAAUACUUUAGUUAUGCUGAUCUAUAAUCAUCUAUUUAAUUUAUGAAUUCUGAUAAACCAUAAUGUAGUUUACAGAAGAGUAUUUGAUUAUGUGAAAGUAUAAUUUGAUCAAUGAUUUGAUGCCAACUUAAUUUUUUUCUUG